AAGCAGAGCAACAUCCCUAGUUGUUGUUGUUGCUGUUAGUGCAUUUGUGUUACAAAACAAAAGCAAUUAUGGCCGAACAGCAAAAACUUUCACUAUGUCCACGUUUGGUCGACUACCUGGCUAUUGUGGGAGCCCGCACUACACCGCCCAUACACAAAGGACUGCCGGGCAACAAAACACCUCCGGUGCAAAUUCCCGAACUAUUACGACGUUAUCCACCAUCUGAUCAUGCUGACUUUCCGCUACCUCUGGAUAUGGUGUAUUUUUGUCAACCCGAAGGAUGUACGACGGUGGGGCCACGACGAACUGGCUCCGCCAUACGUGAUAUGACCUCAUUUGUGUUCGCAUUGACUGAUAAGGAUUCGGGUAAGACCCGAUAUGGAAUUUGUGUGAAUUUUUACCGGCCCGUUGAUAAACCACAACCGAAUGCGGAUAAGGCACAGGGUCACAGUACAACACCGACAGCACAAAGUGGACGAGGCCGGCGUAGUUCGGCAUUUCGCCGCGAAUCAUGGCGAAAAAGUAUGGAACGAAGUUCUGACUCGGCAUUCAGUAGCGACUACAGAAGUAACGUCGCACCCAGUGAUUCAGACCGUGAAAUGACAUCCCGCAGAGAUUCCGAUACGCAACAUGGCCAAUAUGGCGGUGGUAAUCAUGGUGGUCAAUACAUGUCACAGCAGCAGCAAGUACCUAAAUUAGGUCUAAUGGCACCCUCAGGUGACUCUGAGUCUGGCGGAAGUCAUUCACCCUCACCGCGUGCCUCAAGAAAACGCACCAAGUUGCGUAAUCAAUCGCUGACAUCAUUGUGCAUCAUUUCCCACCAUCCCUUCUUUACAACGUUUCGUGAAUGUCUGUUCAUCCUGAAGAAGAUAAUCGAUGCGUGUAAUGAAUCGUCGUCGCCCAAGCGAUUGGGUGCCUCUUCACAGAAACAAUACAAAGACAAUGUGUGGACAGUGUUGACAGGUCUGGCCACUGAUUCGACAUCAUCGAUAAUGUUGCACGAUGUCAAAGAGAUUGAAACAUGGAUUUUAAGAUUGUUAUCGACACCAGUUCCAAUACCGGGAUCAACAAGGGUUGAGGUUGGUGUUCUCUCUCCCACAAUCCAUGAUCCGCUAACAUUUGCCCUACCCGAUCAUACACGUUUCUCCUUGGUUGAUUUCCCACUACAUCUGCCACUCGAGCUAUUGGGUGUGGAGACGUGUUUGAAGGUUUGGACACUGAUAAUGUUAGAGAACAAGGUGUUGUUUCAAUCGCGUGACUAUAAUGCCCUUUCAAUGUCAGUCAUGGCAUUUGUAACAAUGUUAUAUCCAUUGGAAUAUAUGUUUCCUGUUAUACCAUUGUUGCCAACUUGUUUGAGUUGUGCCGAACAAUUACUGUUGGCGCCAACACCCUUUGUUAUAGGGGUGCCGGCAACAUUUCUGGUUUAUAAAAAGAAUUUUAGGUUACCCGAUGAUAUUUGGGUUGUGGAUUUAGAUUCAACUAAGUUGACGCCACCCUCAGGAGGUUACGAUGAAAUCCCACCGCUUCCCGAGCCAGAGGGUACCAUUUUGAAAAAUCACUUAAAGCAGGCUAUGCAACUAAUGGAUGAAGCUGGAAUUUGUGCUUUAAAUUCAAUGGCCAAUGCAACACCGGUUAUGCCACCAGGACAACAAAUGAUACCAACGCCAAGGGAUAGUAUGACCGAUUCGGGAAUGUUGGGCUUCUCACAAAGCCGCCUGCCUGUCCAAUCCCCCUCACAGUCGGCCUAUGCGAGCCAAAGAAAUUCUGUAUCUACCCAGGGGGCAAUGUCACGUCAGCCAAGUCCCAUGAAUUCACCGGCUUUGAAUCCUUUUGUCUUUGGCACCGAUGUUGAUUCGGUGGAUGUGGCCACCAGGGUUGCCAUGGUACGUUUCUUCAAUUCCCAAAACACACUGGCCAACUUUGCCGAACAUACACGCACCCUGCGACUCUAUCCCCGACCCGUAGUGGCUUUCCAAAUCAAUAGCUUUUUACGUUCAAGACCUAGAGCAUCACAGUUCCUAAAUAUGUUUGCCAAAACUCAGGCUGUGGAAUUUUUGGCCGAAUGGUCGUUGACUCCAACCAAUGUGGCAUUUUUAAGGGUACAAACUGGGGUGAUGGAUCCCCAGCAAGUGGGCGACAAACCUAAAUGGUUUGCCAACUCGUUAACACCCAUCCGUUUUGCCGUUUGGGAUGAUAAUAGUUCCUUGAAUGGUGCCAUGAAGGCCCUUAAACAAUUGGAAUCUGCGGCCACCGAUGAGAGUGGUUCCGAUUCUGAGGGUGCUGAUAGCUCGAGUUCCUCAUAUUCAUCGUUAAGUGAUUUUGUCUCAGAAAUGGUUUCAUCCGAUUUAUCGCCUAGCUUGCAUGAUGUCUUUGGGUCGCACAAUCGUCAACAUAAUGUUCCGAAAACAUUGUCCACAAACUUAGAUCCAGCCUUGGUCUAUCAUCCGCCAAGUAAACUGCAAUAUCCGGAAGGUAUGGUUGAACAAAUGUCUUCCAAAGAGGAUGAAGAUGAUCGUCCGGAAAGUCCAAUGUCAUCGUCAUCGAGUCGUUCGGAUUUAAGUUCACCUAGUUUUAAUCGUGAUUCGGAAUUUGAUUUUCCCUCCAAGUCAUUUGAAUUGGCAGCACCGGUGGCGCAGAGAUUGGAGGCCACCAUAAAAGCGGGUAGUGUGGAGCAGGAAACGACAGAGGGUACUACCACGCUGUGUGUUAAGACGCCGGUGUCACGGACCAGUAGUGAAAAGAGAAUACCGCCCCCCAUAACUCCGGUAAAACAACCCAGUGUCACAAAUAUACUGUCAAGAGCCGGUAGCUCUGGUUCGAGUUCUAGCAGCCCUGGCAGGCAAAGUUCUCAGGGUUCGCUGUUUGAAAAUAUUGCCUCCCAUGCCAAAGAUUUGGUACGUGAAACCACCCGGCAAAGUAGUCAAGAGGGUAUUUUGGCCCACAUGGAUAAGAGUUCUCUGGAUGAUGAUCUAGAAAUAGAUGAUAAAAUGAUUCAAACAUUUGAAAAGCUAACCUUGCAUGCCAAGAAGGCAGCUGGAGAAGCUUCCAAGCAGGCUUUGGAGGUGUCAAAACAGGCAGCGGGUGUGAGCAAGAAUACUUUCGAAGAUCUGAGUUAUGUUAGCAAAUCAACAUUGGGAGAUUUAACAAAAACUGCCAAGGAGGCUGCCAGUAAAAAGGGUCUAAUAAAAAUUGAUGAAAAGACAGGAGCUGCAAUGCAAGCCCCAACCACUGGCACCGGUCAAGUGGCAACACAAAAACAAAUGACAAAUUCACCCAGUAGUGGCAGUAAUUUCUUUUCCAAUAUUGGUACGGACUUUAAUGGAUUGGCCUCAUCGACCAGUACCAUGUUUUCGGGAAUGUUUGGAGGAAAAAAAAAUCAACAAAAACCUCAACAACAGCAGCAGCAACAACAAUAUCAUCCACAGACCAUGGGUCCCAAAUCAAAAAGUGGUCUUGGCUUUGAUCCUUUCCCUGGGCGUAAAGGUCUGGUAGAACGUACACCCUUAAUAAAACAUUCAGGGCCCCACAAAACUCAAGAAGAAAUAACACGACAACAAAAUCAGGAAAGGUCACACAGCAAUGCCGAAAAUCAAGCCUUCUUAAAGGAUAUGACCACCCAGGUAUUGGCCGGUGAAGGUAUUGGUUGGCUGAAAAUGAAUCGUUUCAAGAAACUAAUGGAAGAUGAAUCCUACCGGACAUUUGUCCUCAGUAAGCUCAACAAGACAUUGGAUAAAAAAAUUGCUCCCGAUGAUCACAUCGAUGAUAUGUGCAUCUCCAAACCCGUUUGGAAGGGCAUGCUGAAAUGCCUACAGGCCAUUACGUCUGGCCUUGAGGUAACCUUUGCCAAUUUCGGUUUAGGUGGCAUGGCAUCGGUUUUCCAAAUGAUGGAAAUUGCUCACACCCAUUAUUGGACCAAGGAGCUUAACGAUGCCAGUGAUAUGUCAUCGAGUUUGUUGUCCAGUCAUGCCACCAGUCCAAUGGGUAGUCGUGAAAAUCUUCGAUCUCCUUCAAGUCCAAAUGGUUCUCAUUCGGGCCUCGGCAGUGAAUGGGCUUCACCGCAAGAAUCACGUAAAAGUUCUACCCAUACAGAUCGUUCGGGCCCCACAAUUCAUGGUAUGAGUGGCCAGAAUAUUGGACACAAUAGGCGUCUCUCGACGGCCGAUAGUCAGGAUGGCCAGUCGACAACGGAAAUGUUUAAAGAUAUGUUGGCCCAGAAACGUUCGGCGUUAUUGAGUAAAUUGACCUCAUUUGAUUCUGAUGCGGCUGGUUCUACGGGUGCCCUUUCGGUUGUCAGUGACCUCUUGCCUGUGGGUAGUUUGAAUGUUCGCAUGCCAUCCAGUUGUCGUUCAACUGUUUCAGAUACCGAAUAUGAAAAUACAACAACUUCAAAGGAUUCUAAACGUAGUUCAGGCAAUAUGUGGACUGGAAAAUCCACACUGAGUGCUGGUUUUCGAUAUACAGGUGGUCAUUUAAUAAAUACCUCUUCAUCACCAUCACCCGAUAGUCCUCGAGUAUAUUUGUUUGAGGGUCUAUUGGGUAAAGAUCGUUCGAAUUUGUGGAAUCAAAUGCAAUUUUGGGAAGACGCCUUCCUGGAUGCUGUCAGCCAGGAACGUGAUAUGAUUGGAAUGGAUCAGGGCCCAAUUGAAAUGAUGGAACGUUAUAAGGCCCUCAGUGAUUCGGAGCGUAAACGCUUGGAACAUGAUGAAGAUCGUCUGCUAUCGACGAUGCUUUAUAAUCUGACAGCAAUAUUGGUUAUGUUGAAUGUGAAUAAAGAAGAAAUACGCCGUAAAAUCCGUCGGCUAUUGGGUAAAUCUCAUAUUGGUUUGGUCUAUGCUCAAGAAGUUCACAAUGUUGUGGAUCAAAUAAAUAAUUUGAAUGGCAAUGACAUCGAUUUGAAACCAUUGGGAUCACGAUUAUUACAUCGUCAAAGUUUCACGGUUCACCAAGGUGUAGAUGCCUCUGGCCCAUUACGUUUUAUGGAAGUUCGAGACGAUGGUCUGGUAUUGCGGUCAGUGGAUGGUACCAUUGUCGAACGGUGGUGGUAUGAACGUCUGGUGAAUAUGACAUAUUCACCAAAAACAAAACUCUUAUGUCUGUGGCGACGUAAUGGUGGACAGACACAGCUGCACAAAUACUAUACACGAAAGUGCAAAGAAUUGUACAACUGCAUCAAAGAAGCCAUGGAACGUGGUGGUACACCCACCAAUGUUCCGGAGUUGGGCGGUGAAUUUCCCGUCCAAGACAUGAAUACGGGCGAGGGUGGCCUGUUACAAGUGUGCCUUGAAGGUGUUGGUUUGUUAUUUGCCAACAGCAAGUUUUUCGUUCGUUUGGAUCAUAUACGAAAGUGUUUUACACAAAAAGGUGGCAUUUUCGUAUUGGAAGAAUAUAAUCCUAAAACACGUCAGCUAAUACAACGAAAAUAUAAAUCGAACAUGGCCGAUCAAAUAUGUUAUUCGGUUCUAUGUGUCUUCUCCUAUGUGGCUGCGGGACAAGAUCAAAAUCAAAAGAAAAAUCCUGUUGUUAUUACACCACAAAUACAGGAUAUACAUGCCCAGCAGAAGCAACAACAUCAACAGCAGCAGCAACAACAACAGCAUCAUACAGCCACAUCUUCGACUGCAGGUGGCUCCACAACCACCACCUUAUCUUGCUCCAGGACAACAACACAUUUGCCUUCGCAGCAACAGAAUAGCAAUCGCCAGCAGACCAUAACCAUACGUCACACCCAGCCAAUGCAAAAGCCAAGCAUUACAACAUCCACGGUGCAGCCUCAGUCACGUUUGGUUCAUACCAAUGCUAGGACUCAUACCACGGCUACCACAACAAUUUCAUCAACAAAUGCCAGGGGUGCCAUACAACAACAGCAGCAGCAACAACACCCUCCUCCAUCAUCACACCAAUAUCAACCACAACAACAACACCACCACCAUCAACAACCCCAACACCAAACCACCACAACAACUUCCCACAAACAAUUACAAAAAUCUACAUCGGAGAAAAUCUCCUCGCAGCCCAAGGCCCAUCCACCACUGGGGGCCCGCAAAAGCAGCAGUGUUUCACAAACUGGCCCUCUGCCACAACUACCACCUCGCAUACCAUCACAACAUUCUACAGAAAGUUUGGUGGCAACAUCGCCCACACCCUCCACCGGUUCUACGGGACGGACUUCACGUGGUCCACCACCCGGCCCCCCACCUGCCAUUCCACCCCGGACAGGUGCCAUAGCUCGCAGUGGUUCAGUACAACAUUCCACCAUGCCCACAAACCAAAUGUCAGGAGGUGGCGGUGUUCGCCCCUUUGUACGACAAAUUUCCACCAACUCUACACCACCCCAAUAUACACCCCAACCACCACCGGCAUUUGUCAUACCCAAACGUCACACCACCAUGCAACGCGCCUCAUCCAUGGCCACACCAAAUCCAACGAUUAUUAACACUGCCGCUUUGUUCACCACUUGCAUGACAGCAGGCACCGCCUCAUCGGCAGCCAAUACCUCUGCUGCGCCCUCAACAACCAGUACCACUCCCUCACCCUCCUCAAUACCCUCCCCCUACAACAAUCUACAAAAACGUCCUUCAUAUGGCAGUGUAAGUUUGGGUUCCUCACUAUCCACCUCGCCCGGUUCAAAUGGUGGUGGCAGUGGUGGCGGUAGCAGCUCCACAUCGCCCCAAGGUCACCGCAAACACUGACGAAGGAGUUCAUUUUUCAAAAUUGUCGGUAUAGGUGGCGGGAAGGACAGUUGGAAAGAUAGCGGGAAAGAUGGUGGCAAGGAUUCGAGCCACAAGGAUGCGAGCCAUGCAGCUGGCAG